CAGUGCAUCUCGCCCCACCCAGAAAAUUCUCCACCCUAGUUGAUAGCAAUCGGAGGACAGUGACCGAUCGGAGAAGACUAGGAGAGAUUUGGGAACCAGGAGAGUGUGCGGCAAGUGGGCAGGGUGAGGAGUUAGAGGAGCAUAUGGAAUAAAUCAACGCCUAGGCCAGGGUGUUAAAUUAGAAGUCUUUGUUUAAUCCUUAAAUAAAGUCAGAGAGGAAAAAGAGGAAGUGCUAUCAGUGCGUGUGCAUAUGCACGUGGUAGACCAAUUUAGUCCACUAGCUUGUCUUUGGUUAUUAAAGAGUGUAAGCUGCUAUGUAAAGAACAAGCUGGAACUAAAGUAUUACUUGUGCCCUGUUGUUCUGAAAUAUGCUACUCAUGCCUUGUUUGCUUAUGAGUUUCUUAAACUCAUAAGGACACGGCGACUGUCACUUGUAUUUCUGAACCUUCGGGUCGUGACAGUUUUAGUGGUAUCAGAGCCAGGUUUAAAAACUAAACUACUUCUCAAUAAUAAUUUAAUUAACUAGGUAUAAACCAGAUAAUCAGGGCUAGUGAGGGUAUAAAGAGGGUUCAUGAGCAAACUAAUUAGGAGAUAACCCUGGCCUAGUAAAGGAAGUAGUGCUGGUUGGUUUGAGUGUGGUGAGGGACGUACUAGAAUAGGUUGUAUAGUAAGGCUAUGGAGUAGUCAUGGGAUAGGGUAGUAGCUAUGCUGGUUCUGUUUCUUUGGUUUUCUAAUGUAAUGGAUGUGUUGUCCAAUCCAUGCAUGGAGUUUGUUGACAUCCCAACCAAGCAUUUUCUGGAGCAGUUUGUGGCGCUGUUCGGGCUUGCUCAACCAGUUGUCUGCUGGAGGCCGGCUCCUGAGGGAUUGUACAUUGUGGGGGUUCAGGUUAACCUUGGUCCUGCGGACAGGGUUCCUCACGUGUAUUAUGAGGCUGCGGGAGCCAUUAUCCCUGAGGCAGAGCAGGCAGCCUGCUUGAUGGUGAUCCACGCCGUAGUUGCGGAACAUAAUGUGGAAAUUAGGGAUAUUAACUACUAUCACCUGGGGUACCUGCAGCAUCAGGUGGAGGAUCUGCGCAAGAAGCUGCUGGAGGCCGAGCAUCUUUGUGCUGAGCUGAUGAACAUUAUCCGCUCCAGCGAGAGUGAGGUCGCCUUUCUGGAGCGCCUCACUCAUAGGUUCUAUCGUCGCAUUCACUGUCUGAGGGACACUGUGGCUGCACUGCAGCAUGGUGGUGGCGGAAGUUCCAGCGGCAGCGUGUGAGCAGUGGAUGGGUAUCAGCACCAUAGCAGUACCGUUGGGGUCCUUUCUAUAGUAUCUAGUAUCCUUAGAAUAAAAUCUUGCAGGGUAUGAGUGUGGGUGGUUCAGGAUUUUGGGGCUGCAAGAUAGACAUGGCGUGAGGUGGAGGAUGACACUAGUUGUCCUUUGGGUUUGAGGGAGCCUCUAGUUAUGGUGUUAUGCUAUGCUUGUAAUGUAAGGACUAAGUUCUCUGUGUUGGGAUGGUCUAAGCAUGCUGCUAUGUUGCUGUUUAGCUUAUAUGGUUCUCUUUAAGAACUGAAGUUGGAUCCUGGUGAAGCUAAAGAAGAAGUGUCUUUCUGUUGA